GAAAACAAGAUGUCAAGUGUAAAAAUUCUGCGCCAUUUACUUUUUCUCCAACUUCCCGGUCAAGACAGUGUCAAGUUCAUUCACGUACUAUAUUCAGCUAUAAGCCUCUUUCCUCAUCAGUUUCAAUACAUCUCAGAACUAAUGCAAGCCAUAGAGAUACACAGCUAAUAAUUCUUCACUGUCAGGUUCCACGACGGAGACUAGCUUCUUAUUUAGGUAAUCCCCUCGGCACUAUGAUGCUGAACCAACCGGCCAUAUAUCGACCUUGUUCCCGGUCCGCCGCGGGUCCCUCCUUUCUCACCCAAUCGUCUUGGCACGAGCCGCGGGCAUAACCCUUCCAAUGCAACUCCUACCAUAACAUCUCCACGAUUGGCUACGCAACACUACGAGAAGCUACACAUUCGAUAGCGCGGUUCUAGAUACGGUACCGCACGUGGGUGCAUAUUCGUCAGCCAUAUAGAACGCGCGUAUCAUAAAUACUCCAAACAUUGGUAGGUCAUUGAAUAUCUAGGUGAGAUGUAAGUUUCGGCAUUGAUCUACGCUUCAUUUAAGGUGUAGCGAGUUUGCAUGAUGGUGAACCCGUCUAAGAUCGUGAAGGGACUCCCGGUUCUAGCUUCUUGUGCUAGUGCCGCGGCUAGUUAUCCACCAAAACCUGCUGACUUGACUACUCCAGUUCAACAGCGUCUUGCUAUCAACGGUCCCAAUGCCGUCGCUAUCGGUUGGAAUACAUACCAGAAGAUAGAUCAACCGUGUGUCCAAUAUGGCACAUCGAGCAAUGCUCUCACUUCAAAGGCCUGCUCAAGCUCCUCGGUCACUUACGCAACAUCGCGAACAUACUCCAAUGCAGUCACUCUCACAGGACUUUCACCAGCCACCACUUACUACUAUAAGAUAGUGUCAACAAACUCCAGCGUCGAGCACUUCUUCAGUCCGCGAGUGGCCGGUGAUACAACGCCCUUCUCCAUGAACGCCGUGAUCGACCUCGGUGUCUAUGGCGCUGACGGGUUUACUAUUCAAAUGGACGAAACCAAGCGGGACACGAUUCCGACCAUUGACCCGUCAUUAAACCACACGACUAUCGCGCGGUUAGCUGAGACCGUCGAUGACUACGAGUUCAUCGUGCAUCCUGGAGACUUCGCAUACGCCGACGACUGGUACCUAAAGACGAAGAACCUACUCGACGGCGAGGACGCCUUCCAAGCCAUCCUCGAGCAAUUCUACGACCAACUAUCCCCAGUAUCCGGGCGAAAGGCAUACAUGGCCAGCCCAGGCAAUCACGAAGCCGCAUGUCAAGAAAUACCAUAUACGACCGGCCUCUGUCCCGCCGGCCAGAAUAAUUUCACAGAUUUCAUGACCCGUUUCGGCGCCACCAUGUCCACAGCCUUCCCCUCGACCUCCGCGAAAGACACCGCCCGCGUAAACGCCAAUAAAGCGAAACUCCUAGCCAAGCCACCCUUCUGGUAUUCCUUCGAAUACGGACUCCUACAUUUCGUCAUGAUCGACACAGAAACCGACUUUGACUCUGCGCCCGACGGCCCAGGCGGUUCAGCCGGCCUCAACAGCGGACCCUUCGGGACCUCAGGGCAACAACUUGAGUUCCUAGAAGCGGAUUUAGCAUCCGUAGACCGUACCGUAACACCUUGGUUACUCGUCGGUGGUCAUCGCCCCUGGUACACAACCGGCGGUGACGGGUGUGCCGCGUGUCAAGCCGCGUUCGAGCCACUGCUUUAUAAGUACGGCGUCGACCUAGCGAUUCUCGGACAUGUGCAUAAUUCGCAACGGUUCCAACCUGUAUUCAACAAUACGGUGGAUCCGAAGGGUAUGCGUGACCCGAAGGCGCCUAUGUACAUAGUCGCUGGCGGAGCGGGGAAUAUUGAGGGUCUGAGUGCUGUGGGAAGUAAUGUGUCGUUUAAUUCUUUCGCGUAUGCUGAUGACUUUAGUUAUGCUACGAUUAGUUUCCUGGAUGCGAAGAAUUUGAAGGUGGAUUUUAUAAGGUCUGCGACGGGGGAGGUGUUGGAUUCUUCGGUGUUGUAUAAAUCGCAUGCGGAGCAAUUUGUUGUGCAGUGAAUGAGGUGGUAGUAUAUUAGAGUAAUUGGAUAUAGUUUAUGCGACAGUUUGAGAGCGAUAUUUCCUGGAUGUUUGUUUUACCUGUGAUAUCUCAUACCAGGAGGCGUGAAAUAUGGUAUUCUCUACGUAAGCGACACACUCCAAGUAGGGUCUUCUUAACAUGCACAAUGAUGCCAGCAAGUAAACUUAAGAAACUUGAAAUCAUGUUAGUCCAUUGUUUAG